AUGACAGUGCCCGGCGCCGGUGCAAGCCACGACGUAAGUUUUUCGAUGUAAAAGUUCAGUUAAACCGUCCGCCAGUGGAUGUUUCAGUGGCGGCAAAUCGCGCAGCCGUCGAUCAACUCGAUCGUCGACAAUCCGGUGGAAGUGGUCCGAUUCGAUCCGUUCGAAGAGCUCUUUUGGGUCGGCUCCUCCAAUGUACACGCGUAACAAAGCAUAUGAGCUCAAAAAUCUUCAAAACUUUAGGGAAAAGUGUCGGGGUUUCUGCCGAUGAACCAGUGCUCCCGCUACUCGGCGUUCGUCGUCUCCAAACUUUCGGGAGUGCACGCCAUCGAACCGACCGAGCACGUCGUCUUCUCUGUCGGCGACACGAUGCUCCGCGCGACGACUCGGCAGGGCAUUCCGUUGGCCAAGUACUCGUCGCCCUCUUUUGAGAGACUCACCGCCUCCUGUGUCCUUCACAACACCAACAACACUCUGGUACUCGGAGGACGACAGUCACGACUCGUCCAGUGGGACUUUGCGAAGGAGUGCGAAGUUCGAACUGUAUGUAUUCAUUUUACACUGUUAUCAAGCAGAAAACUGCAAAAUUUAAGGUGGAAGCAUCGCAGCCGUCUCUGAUGAUAAAGUACAACGGAACGAGUGUUUUCACGGCCGACGAUCACGGAAACGUCCACGUGAAAAGUGCGAAAACGUUCGAAACGGUGCACACGCUCAACUGCCACGGCGGCCGAAUUCUCGACUUUGACGUGCAGGGCAACAAGCUCAUUUCGUGCGGUAUUUCACAAAAGUACGUUUUUUUUUGGGUGGAAAUUGAGAUGGGAACUGAAUAUUUUUGCUAGACAUUUUGAUGUGUAGCAAAAUUGAAAAAAAGUCGGAAAGCAAGAGCGCAAACUAAUCGGGUGAAGUGGUUUCAGUCGUCUGAAGAACACGGACACGUUCAUGAAGGUGUACGACCUGCGGAUGUACCGUGCGAUGGCCCCGAUUCCGUCGCCGCUCCCUCCGAGGUUCGUCCGAUUCAUGCCGUCGUACUGCGAGCGCGUGGCGAUGGUCUAUCAGAUGCACGCGAACAGCACCUCCGAGAUGACGUGGAUCAAGCCGGCGGCCGUGCGGAUGUUCGACCUCAACUCGCAGGGAAACGCCGCCGACCUCUUCACCGACGUCGCCCAGAUCACCUCGUUCGAUUUCUCGUCCACGAAACGUCUGAUCGCACUCGGAACACACGUCGGUAGGCAUUUUUUUGUAAAUUGAAGCAAAAAAUGGAAAAUUUCAAAAUCUCUUGCAGGCAUUAUCCAGUUGUUCUCGGACUCGGACCAGCCGCCGAUGGUGAACGAGGCGUCGAAACCGUCGAUGUUUGCGGCCCCGCCGGUAGGCUCCGACCGUUUUCCCCUAUAAAAAAUAUUGUGGAUCCGUUUGCAGGCGCAACCGCCGUGCAACUUUCCGAUUGACGAUUUCUCCCAAUCGCUGGCCACGAUUCCCCUUCCGUUUCCGCAGGAUCAACGGCCGUACGUCAGCGAUUGGCCGCUCGAAUUGGCCAGGAUCAUGUACCGGUAGGAGACCAUUAGUUUUUAAAUUUCCGAUAUUAUCGAUCCCAUUUUGAGACGGACAAAACCGCCCGUCGAGCACAAGGUCGUCAAGAUUAUGCACUACGCGAAGCAGGUCGAAAACCCGCGAAGCCACACGAAACUGAAGAAGCACAAUAUCGUUCCGUACAUUUUGGAGCCCGAAGAGCCGAUGAUCGAGGAGUGUUCGCCAGUGGAUCUUCUGGAACCACUGGCAAUCGAAUCGCCGCCACGGAUCCGGGUCUCGAAGCUUUACAAAAAGAGGGUGCCGCCGACGAAGUCUCUGAAUGUGUACUCGAGCGACGAGGAGACGUACCAGUGGAACGUGACGAACCGGCUGGUCCUGCAGUCGACGUUCGCGAUGAACCUGCUCGCGAACCCGCUCGUCCAUCUCAUCUACUCCCUAUCCCCUCUCCGAAACUCUGUUUUCCGCCACAUUUGCGACCGCGACUCGUGCAUCACGUGCGAGUUGCACUUCCUAUUCGCAGGUUUGCAGACGAAGCCGAAGGACGGCGCGGCGACGCUCAACUUUGCGUGGGCGCUCGCCCGCAAUGGCGUCAGUCUGCAGAACGGAUCGCUCCUCGACGCGAUGCACCACAUCGUGCUCACCACACUCGAUGACGUGGCACGCAAAUCGCCGGAAGCGAUGAGCACGAGCAGCAGACUCGAGAGACAUUUGAAAUGCGUUCGGUGUGGGGCACUGCAGACGGUCCUGACGGAGACGGAACACUUGAUUUCAUUGGACUACACGGCCAUCCGCAAGGCGUCUUUUUGCCAACUCAUCGAGAAGGCCGUCCAUUUGAACGUCACAAUCGGAACGACCGACGAGGAAGGCGGCGGAGGAGGCGAGGGGGCGAGGGUGUGCGAGGAUUGUGGACACACGGUAAGAUGUUUCGAUACAAAACGAAAUGUUUGUUUGAAAACCGAACAACUUUAAAAAAUAGUAUUGAAAUUUGAAUUGCUCGCCAAAAAUUGAUGAAUUCAGUUUUCCGUGUUUGCAGAGCGGAAUGGAGUGCCGUCGGAAAGUGCGUGAGCUCUCGAACGUGUUGCUGAUCGACACGAACGCGUCGGCGCCGGCGUUUCUCGAUUUCUGGCGCCGUCAGCUGUGGACGUUCGAACGACGGCCGACGGACCCGAAAAGAGUGCAGCCGGAGGAUCCGGAGUCGCCGUCGGAGAGGAAGAGCUGUCGGUUCGGAGUGGACUGCCGCAAGCAGACGACGUGCAAAUUCCGGCACGCGACCAAGGUGGACUGGCCGAGCGAGCAGGCCAAACUGCUCGAGGACGUCGACGCCGAAGGGUGGCGCCACUUUAUUCCCGCACGAAUUGCCGCACAGGUUUGUCGGAGAGUAAGCAAAACUAUGAAAGUGUGCGGAUUUUAGGUGUGCGAAGGUCAACUUCGUCUGACAGACAUCUCGGACCUUCCGGACUACGAUGAGCCGUCGGCGGUGAUCUACGAACUCGACGCGAUGGUCGACGUGAUCGGGAACGGGGAGCACGCGGUGAAAUGGACGCACCCGGUGGCGCUGGUCCGCGAAAGUCCGGUCCCGUCGACCGAGUGGACCCUGCUCAACGAGCAGCUCGUCUCGCGGCUGCACGGAAACGAAGCACGGCAUGUGGACGCUCGCUGGAAGCUGCCGGUCGUUCUGGCCUACAAACGAAAGGGAUUCGAGAUGGCGGCGAGCGAGCCGAAGAUUCCCGAACACUACUUUUUCAUCGACGAGAAUCUGGCGGCGAACGGAGUGAUCACUCCACGGGCGGUCGAAGAACUGCCGGCGGAGGGCCAGCUAGUGGGACUCGAUGCCGAAUUCAUCAAGAUCCAGACGGGACUGCUCGAGUUCGGCGGUCGCAAAGUGACGAUGCGGGCAGUCGGACGGGCGUCGUGUGUGACCCGCGAGGAACGGAUCAUCUUCGACGACCACAUCCGGCUGCCCGACGACGUGGACCCAGUCGACUACCUCACUCCGUUCUCCGGAAUCGUCGCCGCCGAUCUGAACGUGAACGAGACGGACAAGUUCCUGAGCUCGCACAAACGGAUGCUCCUCCGCAUGCUCGUGCUCAUCCAAAGGGGCGUCACUUUCGUCGGACACGCACUUCACAACGACUUUAGCGUCAUGAAUUUGCACGUGAGUCUGAUCUCGGAGGCGUUUUUUCCACAACAAAAAAUAACUUUUGCCAAAUUUGCAGGUGGCCGAACCGCAGAUAAUGGACACGGUGUUCCUGUUCCGAAUGGACUCGCAACGCAUGCUCUCGCUCAGAAUUCUCGCCCAGGAACUGCUCGGUAAGGGAGUCUAGGCCAUCAAAAGACCUUUUCGAUCGUAUUCUCUAAAAUUCUCAUUAUUCCUAGUGUAUCUGAUUGUUAAUUUGAACUAUACAUCGGCUUCUAGACCACCACGAGUAAAUGUUAGGCCACGUCUAACUCAUUUCGCUGAUUUCCUGCAAACUGUCAGCUAUUAGGCCAUCAGAAAGGAAUUUGACGCAGUUUUUCUAUUCAUUUCAUGGUUUUGAAGCCGUUUAGAGGUUAAUUUCAACAACUAGGGUCUUCUAGACAUCUGCUAGGCUACCUCUCACAUUAUUUGAUGAUUUCAUCCGAAUUUCGGUAGGACUUCUAGACCCCGGGAUCCCAGGUCAUCCGUAGAACGCUAGACGACCGUCGGAUCGUUUGCAGGCGACGUGAUCCAGCAGGGAACGCACGAUUCGGUGGUGGACGCGCGGUACGCGCUGCGCGUGUACCACAAGUACCUGGAGCUGAAGGAGCGGCAGCAGCUCAACUCGGAGAUCCACCGCAUCUACGCGAUUCCGGCGUCGUCGUGCCCGUCGCCGAAUCCGAUGGCCUCGCCGCUCGUCAUUUCGACGCGGCGGACGAUGCGCGACACGAACGUCUCAGGCUCCGCCCCCUCUUCAAUGUGA